UCAAAAUGGCGGCUUCCACAUGCCGUCUUGUGUUGACAAUUUCGUGCAGUGUUUUUUUCGUUUUAACAGCUAUAGUUCUCAUUCGGACUUUCACUCUCUCUGUACGAAUCGACAAUGUUCAAAUCUGUGAUUCUAAAGAUGAGGAUUUCGUCGAAGCAACAGACGAAAUAAUACAAAGAUUUAAAAAAGCUUUAAGGUUCAAAACAGUAUCCAAAGAAAAGGGCAUAUAUGACAGGGAUGAAUUGCUUAAAAUGCAAAAUUUUAUUAUAUCAGCCUUCCCUGCAGUGCACUCAUCGCCGCUUGUGGAGUUUGAGGUCGUCAAUAACUACAGUCUAUUCUACUUCGUGAAAGGCACCAAUGAGACGUUAACGCCGUACAUGUUAGCAAGUCACCUAGAUGUUGUCCCGGCUGAACCAGAAAAGUGGGAGGUGCCGCCAUUUUCUGCCGACAUCAAGGAUGGAUUCAUCUAUGGGCGUGGCGCCAUUGAUGACAAGCAUGGAGUGAUGGCUAUCCUUGAGACGAUGGAGUUUCUGCUGAAGAGAGGAUUUCAGCCCCAGAGAUCCUUCUAUGUAGGGUUCGGUCAUGAUGAGGAGGUAGCAGGAACUGAUGGGGCGGCUGCCAUAGCUGAGCGUCUGACACAGAAGGGUGUGAGGAGGCUGGAGUUCCUCUCUGAUGAGGGGCUGUGUGUGCUGGAUGGCAUCGUCCCAGGGAUGAAGACAACCACAUCCAUGAUCGGUACAUCGGAGAAGGGUCAGGUCAUCUUGAGGUUAAGGGUCAAGGGCAGCGCUAGUCAUUCCUCCAUGCCACCCCGGGAGAGUUCCAUUGGAAUCCUGGCAAGAGCUGUACACAGGUUGGAGACAGUCGGACACCCCAGCAUGUUCGGACAUGGACCGGAGAAGGACAUGUUUGAGCACCUGGCGUCUCAGAUGUACUUCCCACAUCGCAUGAUCAUGUCGAACCUGUGGUUGUUCACUCCGGUUGUAUCAUGGAUGUUGUCAAGGAAGCCAUCAUCUAAUGCCGUGUUGCGGACAGUGACAUCGGUCACUCAGUUCCAGGCAGGGAUCAAGGACAAUGUGAUGCCCCCCGAGGCAGUUGCUAUCGUCAACCACCGCAUACACCCAGCACAGACUGUCCAGGAGGUAAUAGACUAUGACCGCAAAUUGAUCAACGAUGACCGAGUUCAGAUCGAAGUGAAGUACUCUCAAGAAUCUCUGCCAUUGUCCCCGUACGGACCUGACGACUUCGGCUACCAGGUCAUCAAAAACAGCAUCCGACAAGUGUGGAAGGACACCAUAGUAGCCCCAGGUGUGAUGAUUGGCAACACAGACACCCGUCACUACAUCAACCUCACCAACAACAUCUACAGGUUCUCGCCCACGUACAUGUAUCCAGAAGACCUGGCACGUUUCCAUGGCGACAAUGAGAGGAUAUCGGUGAAGAACUAUGAGCAGGCCAUCAACUUCUUCUACCACCUGAUCCAGAACGCAGACAAACCCGGACUUCAGCUGUCUCACAGUCACAGCGAGCUGUAAUUUGGUCAGGAUGUUACAUGUGUCAGGAGCUGCCGAGUCUUGUAAUGAUAGGUCAUGGCCCUACCUAUUAUUACCCCGGUCAAUAGAUCAGUGUGCACUCGAUGUUCAUUCUCAUCUCCCCGAGGAGUAUACAACCCAAGCUGCAUCAGGUGCUAGAAGCUUAACAGUUACAUUACUAUCUCAUCCUACCGGGUACCCAUUCACUGCUGGGUUAACAGUCACAUUACCAUCUCAUCCUACCGGGUACCCAUUCACUGCUGGUUGAACAGAGGCAUGUUUCG